UUUCCUACUAAAACGUAACGAUUGCGCCCAGUGCAUUGAAGGGUAUCUCCGAGCUCUUCAAAUGGGACGCAGUCGGACUCCAUCUCCAGGUAGACGGAGAGAUCGGUCACGCGAAAGGGAUAGGGAGCGCGACCGACGGAGAAGACGAUCCAGGGAGAGAAGGCGGAGAUCUGGCGACCGGGAUAGAGUCAAGUCACGAGAACGUGAUAGAGAGCGUGACAGGGAGCGAGACAGACAUAGGAGGUCUUAUAGCAGAUCCAGAUCCAGAGAUCGAGAAAGACCUAAGCCAAAAUUCAAGCCUCCUACUGCCGAACGUCCCGUUAUUACAGAGGCUGAUCUCCAAGGAAAAACUCCUGAAGAACAGGAUAUGAUGCGUUUAAUGGGAUUCUGUGGAUUCGACACAACAAAAGGGAAGAAAGUCGAAGGCAAUGACAUUGGAGCAGUCCAUGUUAUUCUUAAACGAAAAUAUAGACAAUAUAUGAACCGCAAAGGUGGUUUUAAUAGACCACUCGAUUUUGUUGCAUAAACGGCAAUUUAUUUAUGACCAUUAAAAGUGUUGGUAUUCCAGAGAAUGAAGAAUUUAUUAUUUUUUUUUACUUAGCAGU